CUGUAUGCUGCACAGGUACAGUGUAUCAGUCUAGUGCAGAGCGCUCUGUAUCAGCAGUUGUCUCCUAAAGGUGUGGUGUAGGAGAAUGCUGAGGAGGAGCUCAGGGUUUAAUACACCUUCACAUAGCUGUUCUCUCUACGUAGCAGAGCUGGGAUACACAACAGAACAUCUCCACUCGCUCUGCAUGACAGCAGCUGAUUUGCCACAAGGAAGUCAAUAACUAGUCUAGUAGCUGGAGAUAGAGGAUCAAGGGACAUAAGAGCCAGGGGUUGAGGCAAAAAAAGAGGGUGACAGGGGUAAAAGAGUCAGUGUUUAGAAGGUUAUUGACAGGAAGGAGAAAAGCUAAUAGAAAUUGAUAACAGAUCAAUACAGGUCAGUAAAGCAGGUCAGACCUAAAUCAAGACCAGUGGCAGUCAACAUCUGAGGACGUGGAUGGUAAUGCAGAACAAGUGACACCAAAAAUAAGACACAUUCCAGUUCUGCUUCAUCUUCCCAACCACUUGCACAGAUGUCUGCCGUUUUGGAGACCAUAGGGUUUUUCUUUGGGGUCACAGGCUCCACCAUGUUGGGGAUCACUCUCUUCAAUUCCAACUGGAGAGUGUCAUCUGUGGAUGGGAACGUCAUCACGACAUCCACCUUGUUUGAAAACCUCUGGAUGAGCUGCGCCACUGACUCUACCGGAGUGUACAACUGUCGAGACUUUCCAUCUUUGCUGGCUCUGUCAGGAUACUUGCAGGCUUCAAGGGCUCUGAUGAUCUCUGCAUUGGUGUUUGGUUUUUUCGCAUGCUUAUUGGGGAUGAUUGGGCUCCAGUGCACUAAGGUUGCGGAUGGUAACAUAGCACUGAAGGGCAAGCUUGCAACAGCGUCUGGAGCGAUCUGGAUAUUUGCAGGUAUCUGUGCUGGGAUAUCUGUCUCGUGGUAUGCCUUCAACAUCACCAAAGAAUUCUUCAACCCUUUGUACCCUGGAACGAAAUAUGAGAUUGGUCCGGCUCUUUACCUUGGUUGGUCGGGUGCCCUCCUGGAUGUCGUUGGAGGAGGACUGAUGUGCUGCUCAUACAAACAAGUGACCAAAGCUAAAAGGACAUACAACUAUAACUACCGUCCAGCGAAUCCCCCGUCCUCGGCUAAGGCUGCCCCUCAAGCUGCCCUUCCGCGAUAUGAAUCUAGUAACAGUAUCUCUAAAUAUGGGAAGAAUGCAUACGUAUAGGUCUAGGACUAUGAACUGAACAAAGUGCCUUGGAUAUUUUCUCAAGAACAUGACAUUUAUUUUUUAUCCACGUCAAGCUGUAAUGUCUUCAACCGUGGUCCGUCUGCAUUUUCAGUCGUCGAACCUUUACACAUUGCUGCUUUUUCUUAAAACUCCUGGUGUGGGCGCGGUGACUCGUUAGUGAGAGACGGUGAAUUCUAACCCAUCAGCACACUGCUCUGUAAAGGUCUACAUCAUCACAUCUAGCAAUGCUCAACUCAAGGAGACGAACGCCAGUCCUCAUAGAUGCUUCUUUUCCAAUGAAUAUAGUAAAGGCUCUCAAUUUUCUUUACCUUUUUUUUGAAAAAAUUUUGUGUACUGACACAGCAUAUCAUGUUCAUUUUUGGCACCAAAGAAAUCUAUAAUAUCAUGAGCCCCGAAUCUGCUGGGAAACAUUUGAAUGACAUUUAUAUAUAUAUGAUUUAAGAGUCACUUUGAAGGAAAGCGGCGGGGAUGCCUGCAAAGCUUGAGAACGACCACUUGGAAAGGUAAACUAAUGGAUGAUGUGCCUGGCUCUACACUCAGAAAUGAGACUGCAAUCAUGAAAAUAGGCUGAAUGAUAAUUCAGCUUUGGUGGACGAAACCAAGACAUCCGAGAAGACUUACUUGAGCACUGUCCCAAAUGUAGAUAGUUUCCACCAUGAAUACUACAACCAACCGUCCAAGUAGAUGAUAUGUCUUCCAGAAAUGUCCUUAUAUUGUAACACGCCUUUCAGUAUAGUUUUCUACUUUCAUAAAAGUGAAUGGUCAUUGAUGGUUGGUACAUCUCCAGCCCUUGUCUACUUGAUGACUUUGGUCUUCAGGAUGAUGGAAGAUUACACAUUUGGUACAGGUCAUGGUGAGCUUUUGGGUAGCUUGCCUUGAUGAAUGUUGACUUUACUAGUCUUCAUUGUUGGCGCUGUAUCACGUUAAUUGUCCAUUGGUCAACCACUUGUCUUCCACUGCCUCUGACAACCAUUUCAGCCAAUGCUACCUGAUGAAUCAAACACAUGACCUUCUAUUUUUAUCAUCUUUAUUUAUUGCAUACAUACUAUAGAUUUUAUUUGGAGAAAAUUGGGCUAACCCGAUAAAGGAGAAAUUAAAGGAAAAUUCAAUAAUCCAAUGUAAAUACAGUAACUUGUCUUCUCCAACA